AUGGCAGACGCGCCCUCAUCCAUGCCCCUCCGUGGCGGCCGCCCCAUCUUGCGACACAGCUCGCUGACGGGCGGCUCCUACAUCCGGGACCACCAGCAGUACAGCUCGCCGCCGCCUGAGCCCGCGGGCGUCGCGCGUUGUUUACAAGCUUCGCCCGAGCCCCAAGGAACGGCCCCACAUGUGCUUAAUGCCAGCGUGACAAGACCCAAGGACGCCCGCGUGCAGGAGAGCGGCAUCGUGCACACCAUCUUCCGCAACUCGCUCAGCUGCCUGCCCGCCGACACGCCCAAGCUGGUGGCUACCAUCUUCUACAAGGCGUCGCAGCCCGUGCAUCCCCAUCUGCACCCCGAUGCCGCCGCCGCUGCCGGUCUGCCGUCGCCCGCCACCCCCCUGCCCGUGGCCGCCAUCCCAGAGGGCUCCGCACCGUCGCAACGCGUCGAUGCCCUCCCGCGCGAGCCUCCGCCGCAGGAACCAGAGCCCUUGGACCAUCUCUAUGGGCCGUACGUCUCGCAGCUAUGCCUGACCAAUUUCCUGCAGAUCAUGGAAGACCUGUCCACCCCCUACCAGCGCAUCACCUCCUCGCAUCGCUGCUUGGACCAUGAGCACCACCCCCGCGUCGUCGAGGUCACCCUGUGCCCGCCGCCCAGCCUGGAGUACCUGUCCUUUGAUGAUAUGCGCAAGCAUGAGCUGAUAUGGCGCUUUGAGCGGGAAUGGAACGUCGAAGUGGUCCUCCAGCCAGAAUCCGUCUUUCGGCGCUAUAAGCGACUGGCCGUUUUUGACAUGGAUAGCACCUUAAUCAAACAAGAAGUCAUUGACGAGAUAGCCAGGUUUGUCGGGGUGGAGAAGGAUGUUUCGGAAAUCACUGAACGCGCCAUGAACGGGGAGCUCGAUUUCUCUGCAUCCCUACGCGCACGAGUCGCCCUGCUCAAAGGGGUCCCUGCUGAUGUGUUCGAAAACCUGAAGCCAGUCAUCACCAUCGCCCCUGGCGCCCGCGAACUCUGCCACGCCCUGAAGCGACUUGGGUUCAAACUCGCUGUUCUCAGUGGCGGCUUUCAGCCACUAGCCAAGUGGCUGGCGGCAGAAUUGGGCCUCGAUUAUGCAUAUGCAAACCAUCUCAUCACCGAUGACACUACCCAAACCCUGACGGGCACCCUAUCUCCUGACCAUCCAAUCAUCGACGCUACCCAAAAAAGGCAUCUCCUUCGGACUCUUGCCGCUGACAACGGCAUCCCGAUCUCCCAGACUCUCGCUGUAGGUGACGGUGCUAACGAUUUGCUCAUGCUAAACGAGGCUGGACUGGGGGUGGCCUGGCGCGCUAAGAGCAAGGUCCAGCUGGACGCCCCGACCCGGCUAAACGGAGAAAGCCUUCUGGAUAUUUUGUAUCUAUUGGGAUUGAGUGAGAGAGAUAUUAAGGAGCUGACGCAGAAGUAA